AUGCCAAAGACUUCUCAAAAGCCUCGUAAGCCCCGUAGUGCGGUCAACCGUGAUUACAAUCGGAAGAAAAAGACAGAAUUAGAGGACCUCAGAGAUAAAGUAAGAAAUUAUGAGCAACGCAUUGCUCAACUUGUAGGCCAGGUACACCUUCUUACUCAGCAAAAAUUAGAUCUUGAAGAAGAAAAAAGAAGUCUCCAACGCAUUAUCGAUAUUGGUACUGGACCAACGCUUCACGGCGGCAUCAAUCCCAGAGCUAUUAUGGAUUCCAUACACACUCCUGUUGCUAAUGAAUUGUCUUUACCGAUGAUUCCAAUGUAUUCUCUUCCAGGUAGUUAUGAUAAUUAUUUAUCAAGACGUUAG